AUGGAACCGCACAGGGCAGUUCUACUUCUAAUAUUAGUGUCUUUCGUGCCUCGAACAAUCAUUGCGGAUUGUUCCGCUGAUCGUGGCGAUGUGGAAAUGCACCAAGAGGCCAAGUUACACCACGACAUACUGCAAUCCUACAACACCUACCGCCCAGUGAAAGAUCACAAAACCACUGUCACCGUAAAAAUUCGUUUCGCCCUGAAGUACAUUAGUUUCGAUCCCUUGGAAGAAAUAUUUACCGUCCACAGUUGGGUCGCGAUGACAUGGAAGGACGAAUACUUAAAUUGGGACCCGACAUGCUACGACAAUAUAAAAGAGCUUCAAAUAGAGAGUCACGAAAUCUGGACACCGAGGAUGUCUUUAUUCAACGCAGAUGCAUCCAUGUAUCCAUCCGACUCCAUUUACACGACGUGCUUGUUGGAUAGCGAUGGAACGGUCACGUGUGUCCCCCAGGUAGCUCAUUCGGGGAUCUGUCGGUCUUCACUACGCAGCUGGCCAUAUGACAUUCAAAAUUGCACCUUCUACUUCGGUUCCUGGAUGCAUACUGGUGAGCAGGUGAACUUCACUUUUUAUAAAAACAAACCCGUCGUUCUAGACGACUAUCAAAACGGGCCCGGAUGGAAAUUGCUGAACGUAACCAACGAUCGCUUACCGGGAAGUUAUUCCUGCUGUCCCAACAGUACGUAUCCAAUGUUGAAAUAUACCUUUAUGUUAAAAAGGGAAGCCGGUGGUCCUGCUGCCAUCGUCGUCAUCCCGUCCGUGGUGAUAGUUUUACUCACAGUGAUAUCAUUACUUCUAGACGUGAAGGAUUGUACGAGAUUAUUCUUGUUAUGUUUUAGUCUCUUCAGUCAUUUUACGUUUCUAUCUGAAAUCGGCUAUGAUAUACCAAAACACAGUUCUGACACUCCGAUAAUUUUACUAUUCCUUCGCGAUUCCAUGGUGAUAACUUUAGUGGGGAUUUUGCUGACGUUGCUUCUGAUGUCGCUGAGAAAGAGGAUCUUACCGGCGCCAUUAUGGGUAGUAUCGAUGAAUCGGAUGAUUACCAGCGGUCCUGGCAAAUAUGCUGUGUUUACAGAGUUUGAUCCGAGCGAAUCGACCGAUGUCAAAGUCCUAACGGAGGACAGUUCCAGCGGAAAUCUCGAUGACAAAGCCAGGAUCACCGCUGAUUGGAUACAAUUAGCAAACAUCCUGAACAGUUUUGUUUUUAUUGUUAUAUUUAUCAUCUAUUUUAUAUUAAUUUGUGUCUAUAUUCCUAAAGAUGAUUAG